ACAAUGUCGGGAAUCAUGAACAAGAUCAUGGGAGGUGAUCAAAAGAAAGAGGAAGAAAAGCACCUUGGAGAAGGUCACCCUGAUGGAGGCCAUGGCCAAGCCUAUGAGCGCAAGGAAGAAGGACAUUAUGAUGCUGGCCAUGGUCACGGUUAUGGCACGGGUAUGACCGGUGGUACUGCCAUGACCGGUACCGAAUACAAGGGAGAGACCGGCCAUGGUUAUGGCACAGGCACAGGAACAGGCAUGACUGGAGCCACGUACAUGGGAGAGGCCGGUCACGGCCAUGCCCAUGGCGAGCAGCACAAAGAAGGCUUAAUGGAUAAGAUUAAGGACAAGAUACAUGGCGACGGAACUACGGAACAUGGUCAGGAGGGCGAAAAUAAGAAGAAGGAGAAGAAGAAGCAUGAAGGUGGUCGUGACGGCAGCAGCAGCGACAGUGAUUAGACGUUCGCUAUCGUCUCAGAAUUCCUCUCCUUAUAGUAUAGGGUUCAUGGGAUGAAAAUAUGGCUUAUCAUAUGCUUUUACUUUGCGGAAAAAGAAAAGAAAAAAACAUAUUUGUAUAAUAUUAGUAUCGUGUGAUGUAUUUUGGCAUGCUAUGAAUGAAAUAUGAUACAUGAGAAUAAAAUUUUGGUUUUUCUAAUGUUCCAA